GAGAGACAGAGCGCCAAACUAACAGGGUAGCCUCCAUCCAUGUGAGAAGGUCGGUUUUUGGGGAAGCAGAGCACAUAAUCAAUUCUUAAAUCCCCCAUUUGGGUCAUUAAUAUCCAACCAAUUCGAAGCUGGGUUUUUCCAGUUUUCAGCAUUAUUCUUUUGUUUAUUCCCUUAUUUUAAUCAAUGAACUCGAUUCGGACAACAUUAUUUGAUACUACUUUGUACAUGCACAUGUCGGAAGACACAGAAAUUUUUUUUUUUUUAAAAAAAAAGGUGCAUAAAGAACCGUGAUUCAAUCUCAUCACAGUAAUAGUAUAUAAUAAAUGAAGCCUCUCUACACGUACUGCUCUGUCUCAGUUCCCCAUUUCCUGAAUCUUGGGCUGUCCCUACAAAUAUUUUUGGUCCGGAAAAUUCCAAGGAUCCAGAACUUGGGUUUUGAUUCUGGAAGUUGGAAAUGGAAGGAUUGGUUACUGUUAGGGAAGGGAGAUCUUUGGAAGUUACACCAACAUGGUCAGUGGCGUCAGUGACUACUGUUAUGGUGUUUGUUUGCUUGUUUGCUCAGAGGUCCAUUUACAGAUUUGGAAGGUGGUUGAAGAAGACUAGAAGGAAGGCUUUGUAUUCUUCCCUGGAGAAGAUUAAAGAAGAGUUGAUGAUUCUUGGGCUCAUUUCUUUGUUGUUGGGGCAAUGGGCGAGAUGGAUUUCUCAAAUUUGUGUGAACUCUUCUCUGUUCAGCAGUAAAUUCUAUCUUUGUGAUGAAAAAGAUUACGAAAGUAGCAAGAGAGUACUAUUUGAAGAAUCGGGUACUUCUCCAAAUCAAACUGAUAUUCCCAGUGGGCUGAUUUUUUCAACAGCAUUACAUCAAUGUGGGGCGAAUCGUGAACCGUUUGUUUCCUAUGAAGGCCUCGAACAGCUCCAUCGCUUUCUCUUUGUUCUUGGAAUCACCCAUGUUCUGUACAGUUGUAUCACUGUUGCCUUGGCUAUGCAUAAGAUAUAUAGCUGGAGGAAAUGGGAAAACCAAGCAACUGUUGCUCCUGAGGGGAGUCUGCAAGUCUCGAAGAACAAGGUGAUGAGACGUCAAUCUACCUUUGCUCUUCAUCAUGCAUCUCAUCCAUGGAGUAGGAGCCGAGUUCUUAUCUGGAUGUUUUGCUUUCUGAAGCAGUUCAGACGUACGAUACAAAAGUCAGACUAUUUGGCUUUGCGAUUAGGUUUCAUCACUAACCACAGUCUGCCACUUUCGUACAAUUUUCACAAGUACAUGGUGCGCAGUAUGGAAGAUGAAUUCUCUGGAAUUGUAGGAAUCAGCUGGCCGCUCUGGGGUUAUGCCAUAGUCUGCAUCUUCAUAAAUAUUCAUGGUCUUGACAUUUACUUCUGGCUUUCUUUUAUACCUGCAAUACUUGUGAUGCUGGUUGGAACAAAACUUCAGCAUGUUGUCUCCUUGUUAGCCCUAGAAAUUGCGGAGGCAAAAGGACCUACAAUUGCAAACCAAGUGAAGCCACGGGAUGAGCUGUUUUGGUUUGGGAAACCAGAAAUACUAUUACGUUUAAUACAGUUCAUCUCAUUUCAGAAUGCUUUUGAGAUGGCUACUUUCAUCUGGUCUUUGUGGGCAUUCAAGCAAAGAUGUUUCAUGAACAAUCACGCUAUGAUUGCCAUUAGGCUGAUUUCUGGGAUUGUUGUGCAAUUUUGGUGUAGCUAUAGCACGGUGCCCUUGAAUGUAAUUAUCACACAGAUGGGAUCCCGACAUAAGAAGGCUUUGAUAGCUGAAAGCGUCCGAGAUUCGCUGCACAGCUGGUGUAAGAGGGUUAAAGAGAAGUCUAAACGCAAUGCUGUGCUCUCAGUGACUACAAGAUCUACAAUCGACGAGAGGGACGAGAUAAUUACUGUUGGAUCUGGUACUCUUUCCCGCUGUUCCUCAUCAAGUUCAAUGAGAAACCGCGCUGCAAAUGAAGACACAAUAAACACCCUGCCAGAUUGCAUUGUCGGGAUUGAUCGAAAUCCAGAUGAAUUCGAUAUCUCGUCUCGCAUUUCUGAAUAUUUAGCUCAGACAAUAGCCACUGCUCCAGAAGAGGAAGAAGAAGACAAUGCAGAUCACUUAGAGGAGGAGGAGCAAGAACAAGAAGAACACGGAACUCUUCAUCCUGAGACACAUUCCGAUGAAUUUCAGAAACCGUGAUGCUAACUUUUAGGACAGAAAUUUUGACUGUUGGAGUCUAGAGGAGUUCAUUAGCCAAACUAUAUAACAAGGGAAUUUAACUAGCUUUUUAACUACAGAAAAGCUGUUAAUAGAUUGGGGAUACAAGCUAGUUACACUAGACAUGUGACUUAAAAAAGCAAAAUUAAUCAAUUUGUAAACUGUGUAUCUCAUAAACAUAUGAUUGAUAUUCCAGCUUAAACAUUAAAGUUACAGAUAA